UUCAUAUAUGAAAUGAGGCCAAACAAAAGUAGUGUGUCCCCUCAUGUCCCAUUGUGUCUCUCUACUGUACUGUACAAUCUCCUGCUGCUAUACUUAUAGCUAUUGUUUGUUUGUUUUGUUUUGUUUUUGGUAUUAAGGGUUUCUCUCUCUCUACCACUUUCUCUCUCCAAUGAUCUUAUCUCCAUCAUCCAUUCUUCAUCAGAAUUCUUUCUUCUUUGUGUUCCUCAACCAUAUUUGGUAAAAACCACAAUUCCCUUCCUGCACCCAACAAGAAGAAUCCCUCUUCUCCUUUUCACCUCACCUCCUCCCAAGGAUCGAAUCUCCGGUGUAGUUCGUAAACACGAGGAAUUUCCGUUCAUCCCACGACAAUGUCGCCUCCAAACUUCAACAUCGACUCGGAGGACGAAUCCGAGGCCAGCAGCCAAGUCGUAUCCGACGCAUCCUUUCAAGAAAUCUCGCCCACCGAUUCGAAGGAAAGAAAGACGACAUCGUCGUCUCUCGAACAUCCGUCGACAAUGACGCUCGACCUCACGUUAGGCCUCAACAGCGCCGCCGCUCGCGGCGACGGCAGCCCGAAAGAGAGACCCGCUCCCGCUCCCGAAACGUCCGCCGCCAUGUCGAACCAUCAUCCUCCGCCGGGCUCCCGGGUGUUCUCCUGCAACUACUGCCGCCGCAAGUUCUACAGCUCGCAGGCAUUGGGCGGACACCAGAACGCGCACAAGCGGGAGCGGACGCUCGCCAAGCGCGCCAUGCGGAUGGGCAUGUUCUCCGACCGGUACGCCAGCCUGGCGUCGCUGCCGCUCCACGGGGCCACGUUCCGAUCGCUAGGCAUUGAGGCUCACGCGUCGAUGCACCAGCAGAUGGCUCAGAAUUCGGACAGGUCGAUGCUGCGCGGCGGCGCCAGGUUCGUCGAUCAGGGGUUCUAUAGCUACCCAGUAUACGUCGACUACGAUGACACGGAGCUGUCGUGGCCCGGAAGUUUUCGACAGAUCGAGGGGCUUCAUCGAGGCAAUCCGGGGCUCGACUCCGGCCCCGGAUCCGACGUACCGAAUGCGCCGGAGUCGGUUGUGGGUUCCGGGUCAGGAUCCGGGUCCGGGUCGGGUCCGACGUCGACGUGUCUCCCUGAUUUGAAUCUGAAACUUUGAGAUUAUUUUGUGGACAUUUUGUUGAAACUGAGUUUGGAAAUUUUCGAUGUGAAGUGAUUAUGGUUAGAUAA